CAAUGAUGAUGCAUUGAGAAAGAACGUAGAUCGCCGCAGAGCAGGUUUUCUAGCAGUUGUAGGAGUGCCUCUCUGUCAGUCUCUUUAAACAUCAGCAACGUUGCUGUCCCGAUUUCCUAUUAGUUCACCUCUAAAACAGCAAUAUGUUCCUGGCCAAGAGACUCAUUGGAGGCAUCCUUGAUGUUGUGAGCAAUAUUGAUCCAGGUCAAUUUGUGCCAUCAGACCCUCCUCCUCCUCGCAGACCGCUGGCCUACGGAGAGCAGAAUGAGAGCGAAGAGGUGAAGAGGUUCAGGAAGGUAUUUCACCAACUCGCCGGAGAUGACAUGGAAGUGAGCCCCAAAGAACUAAUGGACAUUCUCAACAGGAUCCUCGGCAAGCAUGGGGAUAUUAAGACGGACGGAUUCUCCAUUGAGUCCUGCAGGAGUAUGGUAGCUGUUAUGGACAGUGACAGCACAGGUAAACUGGGCUUCCAUGAGUUCAAGUUUCUCUGGGACAACAUCAAGAGAUGGCAGGUUAGUCCAGUCUGCCCUCAGCCUUGUCUUUGCUAUGUAAACAAAUGUGCGUACGCAGACAUAGGGAUUUCCUUGAAAGGUUACACACAUCAAAAUACACAACAGUGUGUAGCCAGGAGGAGGUGUCAGCUCCGAUCUUCCCUCCUCUUGCUUCAGGGCAUCUACAAGACUCAUGAUGAAGACCGCUCAGGCAUCAUCAGUGCCACAGAGCUGCCCAGGGCCUUUGAGGCUGCAGGCUUUCCUCUGAACGACCAGCUGUUCCAGCUGAUCAUCCGCAGGUACAGCGACGAGCACGGGAACAUGGACUUUGAUAACUACAUCGGCUGCCUGGUCAGACUGGACGCCAUGUGCAGAGCCUUUAAGACGCUGGACAAGGAUAACAAUGGAACCAUUAAAGUCAACGUACAAGAGUGGCUCCAGCUGACCAUGUACUCAUGAACCUUCAGAGAACCAGCACAGUCAUCUCGUCUCUCUCUCCCUCCCUCUCUCUCUACCUUUCAAUCUCCCUCCCUCCCUACGUCUCUAUCUCCCUCCCUCUCUCUCUCUCCCUCUCUGCUCUUUUAAUGUGUUUAAAGCAUCAUGUCGCCACAUUAGUCAAAGCUAUGGUGCCAAUGUGUGCUAUUGCAUCCUUUAGUCACCAGAGGGCAGCACUGGCCAACUCCGUUCUGUCAUGUGCUCUUUCCAAUGAUUACAAUGUAACUUUCAUUAAGUUUCAAAGUAACACGGUGUCUCUUCUUCCUGGACAUACUGUUCUGAACUACUUUGUAAUGUAGUGUAACAUACUCCAAUAACCUAAAUAAAAAAGCCAGUGUUGAUACAAA